AUGUCACCCAGUGAUUCCCAGAGUGUGGAACCGGUGCAAGAUGGCCAGUCUGAAAUUGCUGAUGGGUCGGCUGCUCGAGACACCAGCAUUCGCAGAGACUACGGAACGCUCAGUAGUGUCCCUACUACAAGCGGCCAUCGUCCACGAAGCGCCAAUCGAUCUGAAGAUGGCCUAGAAACUCCUUCUGGUCUGGCACCCUUGUCACCGCAGUCUUCGAGGCCCCGAAAACCUGCGACUAUAAGAAGGACAUCUACACGGCGGCAGCUGCCCCACCGAGGCGAACAGUUCUCAGUCGACGACGAUCCUUCCGAAGUAGAGGAAUCUCGAGCGCCGCAAACCCCUUCUGCGCCGACGUUUCCUACCCCGAGUCGACAACACUCCACUAUUCGCCGACGUACCCAUGCCGCGGUUCCUCAACUUGCCCGCGUCGAUUCUGCAGAAGAAGAGGCGGAGCAAUUUUCUCAAGAGGAUCUCGCCGAUGCGCCUGUGGAAGAGGCCGUCGACGAAGCCGACGAUGAAGCACAAGAAGACUCUGAAGAGCCAGAUUUGAGUGAUGCCGAGAGUUUCACACUUAGAGACCGGCAGCUGGCCAUCAAUGAGACACAUCCCUUCGGUAUCCGAAUAUGGAAACCUGCGUUAUACAAGAAGAAUAGAUCGGUCGAGAAAGGAGCAGAAGAAGACAUUCAUUCCUCCCCGAGUGAGAUCGUCAGCAACUGGCUCUGGGCCUUCAAUUCCCUGUGGACACUUUUUUUCGGCUGGUGGCUAGCCGCCGCCGCCGCCCUGGCUUCACUAGUUUGCUUUCUAUUUGCUUUUGACCCUAGUGCGGCGGCAUAUGGCAGAGUCUUCUGGGGUCUCGCUAGCUACCUGUUCUGGCCGUUUGGCAAGUUUGUCAAGCUCGAGCAAGAUGAGAAUUACGUGGAUGAAGACGAAGGUGAAGGUCGAAGCAUCAGCGAAUAUGAACGAUGGCAGAGUGGGGACCUGGAAUAUGGGCGACUCAUGUUUGGACCAAACCUCACUCACUCUGGCUCCAUCGUCGGCCGACACCGAAACAGCAUCGACUCGGCCAGCGAGAAUGAUAGUCUCCUCGCUAGGAGCGGGAGAAUUGAUCGAGACGACUCGGGCAUACAGUUCAAAGGGAAACGACGGCUUUUUGGCCGUGGUCAGUGGACCUUGGGAAGGGUCAUUUUUUUCGUCUUCUUCUACUUCAACGUCGCCCCUCUCAUGCUGCUGGUUUCCAUGAUCUGUUGGUUCAUGGUGUUCUGGAUUCCUAUGGGCCGCGUCACGCUCAUUCUAUUCUACCACUUGCGGAAAAGACCUCUCUCACUGACAUUCCAUCGCGACGUGUCAGCUGCUAGAAGCUCCACUAGACCGUCGUCCAUCCUCCUCUGUACCUACCGGGCUGUUGGAAUCAAAUAUUGGAAGUACACCGUCGAUGGCACCAACAUCUUCCUGAUCAACUUCUUGGCUCUGGUGAUCCUUGUCAUCAUCGAUUAUUUCAUCCUCAAAGAAGCCCUGGGUCUGGACAUCUGGCUCACCAGUCCAGCGCUGACGUUUACCCUGGCCCUGAUCUCCAUUAUCCCAUUGGCCUACUUUAUCGGUCAAGCGGUAGCUUCUAUAUCUGCACAGUCAUCGAUGGGUAUGGGGGCGGCAGUCAAUGCCUUUUUCUCAACGAUCGUCGAGGUGUACCUGUACUGCAUCGCCCUGAACGAAGGCAAGGGGGCCCUCGUGGAGGGUAGCAUUAUUGGCAGCAUCUUUGCGGGCAUUCUUCUCUUGCCCGGGCUGUCAAUGUGUUUCGGGGCGAUCCGACGCAAAACACAACGAUUCAAUGUCAAGUCUGCAGGUGCAACUUCGACCAUGCUGCUGUUCGCUGUGAUCGCAGCUUUUGGGCCAACCUUGUUUUACAAAAUCUACGGAAGCCAUGAGAUGAUUUGCAAAUCAUGCACGGCGGCCGAUCUGGACAAUCCACGGGAUUGCCGACAAUGCUAUUUCCGGCAGGUCCCAGCUGUCACGGACCAGUUCUUUGUCCAAGCCGUCCGACCGUAUUGCUGGAUCGCCGCUGGCUUCCUGUUCUCCUCCUACAUCAUUGGGCUGCUGUUCACUUUGCGAACGCAUGCCGCCAUUAUCUGGAGCACCGAGGGGGACGAAAAGAGACCGCAACAAAUCAAUACUGCCGAGGUGAGCCCCAUGGAUACUCGGCACCACAGUGUGGUCAACUCGCAGCAGCUUCACAACCCGAAUGGAUCAUAUGUGCCCCGGUCCGCCAUCAGAGACUCACAGUUGUACAAACGAAUUCUCGGACAGUCUCUGCGGUCGGCAGGUCUCACUGGUGAAGCUGAGGGUGCUGCUGAACGAGAGCCUCCGGUGGGACCUAAGCCUGUGUCCCAGAAUCACGGCGUCGACCAGCAGAACAAGAAUGAUUUGCCCCACGUUGUGCCACCCAAAUCCAGCCACGGUUCGGAGACUCUCCAGAGUCCGGUUCUGCGCCCUGUUGUGCCAGGACUGUCCGAGGAAGAUAACAACAACCUUGUUCGACAGGUCGCCGAGAUGGCGGCUACCGCUGCGACAGUCGCGGCACGAGACGCGGUAAAUCAUCCUCGAGCUUCAUCGUAUCAGGCGACACAUUCGUACAAAGCGGACACGGUGAAAAGCACCCGGCCCGCAGUCACACGCAGUAGUACUGCUGUGGACGAGGCCUUUGCCAAUCCUACAACGGAGCAAGCAGUACAAGGCGAAAGUGCUGGGCAUGAUGCUCCCAACUGGUCACGAACCAAGUCGUCUGUCAUCCUAUUGACGGCAACCGUGGCGUACGCCUUAGUGGCGGAGAUCCUUGUGGAUACAGUUGACGUUGUGCUCAACUCGAUAGAGAUUGACGAGAAAUUCCUAGGGAUCACCCUGUUUGCGCUAGUCCCCAACACUACCGAGUUCCUCAACGCCAUCUCUUUUGCAAUGAAUGGCAACAUUGCGCUCAGCAUGGAGAUCGGGUCAGCCUACGCGCUGCAGGUCUGCUUGCUCCAGAUUCCAGCCCUUGUUCUGUUCUCGGCGGUCCACGGACGAUUCAUCGACCCCAGCGACCUACUCGAUCAUACCUUCAGCCUCAUCUUCCCACAAUGGGAUAUGGUCACAGUCAUCCUCUGCGUGUUUCUGUUAAGCUACAUAGCCGGGGAAGGCAGGAGCAACUACUUCAAGGGCAGUAUUCUGGUUUUGACCUAUCUGGUGGUGAUACUAGGUUUCUACUUUAGUGGGUUCACUACUCUGACGAUCAUGGGAGGAGAUCCUAAUGACACGCUGGCCGUCAUGUCGAGCAUGGCAUGGGAACAAAGUCGACCAGGCACGAGCCAGCUGACCGGGAUUCCAAACAGGAGAGAAUUGUAG